AUGAAUAAUAAUGAUUAUAAUAAUAAUAUCAACAUGAACCCUUUGAAUAAUAUACAGAAUUUAAAUAUGCCCAUUCAAAACAAUGGGAAUAAAUUUAUGAAUAAUAAUGACAUUCCUAUGGAUAAUAAUAAUUCACAACAAUUUAAUAUGACAUCAAAUAAUUUAAUUCAGAAUAAUACUUUUCAAAAUGGAUAUAAUGAAAAUAUUGACUUUUCGAAUAUAGGGGGUUCUAAUGUAAAUAUUAAUCCUAUUAUGAAUAAUGACACAUUUCAUACAUAUAAUAAUAAUAAUAAUAAUAAUGUGGAAAGUUGUUAUAAUAACUUACAAAGUUAUAAUAAUAAUUAUAACAUACAAGGUUAUAAUAAUAAUAACAUACAAGAUUAUAAUAAUAAUAAUAAUAAUAAUAACAUACAAUGUUUUAAUAAUAAUAACAUACAAGGUUAUAAUAACCAACCUAAUUUAUCAACCGUACCAAAUUUUAAUUGUACUCCAAAUCUUAAUUGUACUCCAAAUCUUAAUUGUACUCCAAAUUUUAAUUGUACUCCAAAUUUUAAUUGCACUUCAAAUUUAUUUUCUCCUGAAAAACAAAAUGUGUCCAUAUUUGGAAGCAGAUCAAAGAAUACUCCUCUGUUUGGUAAUAAAAGCGUAGUAGAAAAAAAAAAAGAAAUAAACAAUUUUAGACUUAGUGAUUAUGUUAGUAAAGAUAAAUCUAUUUUUGGUAAUAGGCUCAAAGAGGGCAAAUCUCUUUUUUCAAAUCCACAAAGACAAAAUAAUAUUUCAUCAUAUAAUCCAAAUCAUAUGAUGAUGAAUGUAAAUAAUCAAAAUGAAAAUGUAGUAGCUAGCGGAAAUUCGAAUUUUAUGAAUUUAGGGGGAAUCUCAAAUAAUAAUUCAACAUCAUUUAUGUAUAACCAAACUAAUAAUCAAGAUAUGAACAUAAACAAAUCUAUUAAUUAUGAUAUAAAUGGAAGGAAUAAUUUUAUGUAUAAUCAAUUUAAUAAUUCUUCAAUUGAUCAUAUAAAAGAUCUUGAAAUGUACAAUAAAAAUAUAAAUAAUGUUAAUAAUGUAGAUAAUAAUAAUAAUAAUAAUAAUAAUAAUAAUAAUAAUAAUAAUCAAAUCUUUUGUAACCAAUUUAAUGCUACUAUAUCAGGGAAUUUACAAAAUUAUUCCUCACAAAUAUAUGAAAAUAAUAAUCAGCUCAUACAAGAAAAAAACCGGAAUAAUUUAUUAUCAUCCUUCAAUGCAACUAACCAUAUUGUACCAAAUUAUGAUAACUGCUCUCAAUAUAAUAAUAAUAAUAAUAAUAAUAAUAUUUUAUUACAUUCAAGAAAUUCAUCCUUAAUUAAUCAAAAUGAUGGAAUUAAUAACAUCAUUAAUAAUAAUAUGAAUAACACGAAUCCAUUAGUUAUGUCAAACAAUUUUUCUAAUAAUAAUCAUAUAAAUUCAAACGAUCAAUUAUUCAAACAAGAAAAUCAAAUAUCUAGUAAUAUGAAUAUAAAUAAUAUGAAUCAAGGAAACACAUUAAAUAACAACGAAAUCCUACUAAAUAAUAAUAUGAAUGACAAUAAUUUAAAUAACAAUGUACAAACAAAUAAUGAUAAUGUUGACAAUAUGUUUAGUCAAACAAAAUAUACAAAUGAUGAUGAAAUGUCAUUUGAAAAAGAAUAUAUAGAAAGUAUUAUAAAUGAUCAAAAAGUUAAAUUCUUUAAUGAUAACUUUUUAAAAUUUUUACAACAAAUUACUAAUCAUAAUAUUAAUAGUUAUAAUAUAAAUAGAUCUACUAUAUAUGACUUCCCAUCUAGCGGACCAGUUAAUAAUGGCUUGUUCUAUAUAAAUGCUAUUGAAGAAUGCAGAAAAGCAGAACGCUUUGAUGUUUCUGAUGAUGUUUAUCAUAAAAUUAUAUCAUUAAAUCAAACAAAUGAUAUGACAGUUAUCAAAAAUAUUGACAAAAAUAAAAAAAUAAAUCUAAAAGAUCUGGAUUUGGAUAUAUAUUAUCCAUUAUUGCAUAUAGAAAAAAUAAAAUUUAGACAAGCAAACCAUGAACAAAAUAUAUAUGCAGCCAAUAAUGAAAAUUUCCAGCCUGGUAAUAUACCCCCGAACAUAUAA